AUCGUCAGAGGUUGAAGUUGACCGCACCACGUGAGACCUUAUUCAUCAAUUUUUUCUUUUACUUCAUAUGGCAUUUUUAGCUUCUAUAUUUUGGAUGUUUACAAGUAAAGUUGUAGAAAGGCGUUUAAAAUCUUUAUUUUAGAAAAAACAUUUGAUGCUAAUUCGCGCAAAACCUCCCGGCUAAUCGAGCAGACUGCAGAGUUAGCAUCUCGUAGCUCCAGUCCAGGUUCUUAAAAAUAAAUAGUUCUUUAGCUUGAUUAUGAUAAAAGUCCGACAAGUGUUGAGUUCAGUUAAGUACCGACAGACGCUAAAGGCAAACGAAUGUUUCUGCUGCUGGUCAAGUGGUUUCUCUGAAGCUGCAGCUGAUCGAUGACCUAAUAAAAAAUAUAAAUGAACAUUUGCCGCCACAGAUCAGGGUUCUUGGAGUUAAGCGAGUGACCCAGGGUUUUGAUUCCAGAAUCAAAUGCGAUGCUCGCACAUAUUCCUACAUGCUUCCAACUGUGGCCUUUGCUCCUAAAGACUAUGAUACUGGGAAUAUAGAAGGCUUUCGGCUGGAACCAGAGACACUUCGGAGGGUAAACAGUCUUUUUGCUGUCUAUAAAGGCACUCAUAACUUCCACAACUUCACCUCCGGGAAGACUUCAGAUGACCCCAGUGCCCGCCGCUACAUCAUGGAGAUGUCCUGUGGAGAGCCUUUUGUCCGCAACAAUUAUGAGUUCGCCGUGAUCACCGUGCGAGGCCAGAGUUUUAUGCAGCACCAAAUUCGUAAGAUGAUUGGCCUGGUGAUUGCCGUGAUCAAGGGCUAUGCAACAGAAGAGAUGAUGGAGCAAUGCUGGGAGCACGAAAAGGCGGAUAUUCCCAAAGCUCCGGGACUCGGGCUGGUCCUCGAAAAGGUUCACUUCGACCUGUACAACAAACGCUUCGGAGGGGACGGUCUGCAUGAGCGGCUAGAAUGGGACCACUUGGAGGAGGAAAUCAAGGCCUUCAAAGAGGCUCACAUUUACCCCACCAUUAUUGAGAUGGAGUGUCAGGAGGGCUCCAUGAUCAGCUGGAUGGCCACGCUUCCCAAACACAGCUUUGAUUCAUCAUCUACCAAAACACAAGAUGAUGAGAGUCAAAAACAGGACCCUGCCGACGAGGGGAAGGACUCUGAUUAAUCACUGCAGAGAGAUACAUUUUGUUAUUAAAAAAAACUCAUUUGGAGUUUAAUUGUUCCAUUUUCAUUUAUUUAGCAGGAAUAAAUCAUGUUCAUAAAAUACAAUGAUUGAUAAUAAUGAUAAUAAAAACUUCUUAUUUCUUUGUGGCAA